CUACACUUUAAGGAAAAUAUCAAUUCAAACGAUGAUUUAGUCAGUGUAUGAUUGAAGUCUGUAAAAAAGUUCAGUUUUAUCUCAUACUGGGUAAUAAAUAAUAAAGUCAAAAGACAUCCAGUGUUCACUAAAAGAGAUAAAAACUGUAAGUGCACCAAUCAAUGGAGAAACGAAUUGGCGACUUUUCAGCACCUGAUGAUGUACAUAAUAAAUGUGCUUGCAAUCAUAACAAUACUAAAUUGCAGGAAGACAUUUUAGCGCUGACGUCACAAUACUGUAAGUUAGAGAGUAAGUUCUGCGAGGAAAAACUGGCUCGGUUACAGUUAAAUGAUGACACUGAACGUUUAAAGGAAAGACUUGCCGUCCUUGAAGCCCUAGUGCGAAGAACAGGAGACAAUUCUGGUCUUUGUAGUAACAAUAAACAAUGUUUUGUUGAAGAUCCCAAUAAAAGAGAUUCCGGUAAUGUAAAAUAAGUUUAGAUCUACUAUAAAAACAAAAUAAAAUAAAUUUAUUAACCGAGUGGUUAACGCGUCUGACUAGUAAUCUAAGAAUUGCUGACCACGUGGGUUCAUACCCCGUUAAGAGCAAGCCGUUGUUUCUUUGAGCAAUAAACUUUACAUCUAUUGCUUGGUACUGGUUGGUUCCAGGAACGCAUUCGAGAG